AUGUUCAAAUCAAUCUAAAAAUGGAGAAUGAGAAAUUAGCUGAAGCUCUACUUUUUACUUUUAUCUAUAUUCUCAACAUUAUUGAUUGGAAUUAUUCUAGUCGUCACUUAGAAUAUUGUAUAUUAAGAGUUAGUUUAGAUUACAUAGCAAAUAUCAACUAAAAUGACAGAAAAUGAAAUAUCAAAUUAAUUUGAAGGUCAAAUGCAUUUGUUUUUUGAUGUUAUUAAUAAAAGUACUAUAUCAUUAAAUCUAAGAUUAUCGUGCUCUUGAUAAAAUUGCUAAUUUAUUUACAUUUGUACAAUUAGAAUUGAGUUUAAUUAGCUCUAAAAGUGACUAAUGUCCAGUAAACUAAACUAGGAAUUAUAGGAAAUCAAAUAUUUGCUAUAAUAUUUUGAAUUUAUAGAGUGGAUAAUAAUUGAAUUAAAUGUAAUCAAAAAACCUAUUCUACUAUUUCAAACAUUAGAGUUUAUUAUAGGAACUGUUAUUACUUUUUGAUCCUGAAUAAUUUAUUAUAGGAAAUUGGUCAAUAGGAUAUAGUAAAGAAUUUUAUUUUUCAGCCUACUAAUCUAUAGGCUAUUAUUCUACAUUUAAUAUUGCCUCUAGACCAUUUUACAUAAAUCAUAUCAAUAAAGCAAAUUAAUCAGAUUAUAUAUUUAGUGAUGUGUUUUUUAACUUUGAAAAGGAAUAUAAAGUCACAAUUUCAAAAAAUCUUACUACUGAUGUAGAUGAUGGAAUUGUGGCGACGUAAUUUGAAUUUAAAAUAAUUAAAAAAUUUUUUUAAGAAAAUUUUUUGAUUCUAAAUCAAGAUGGAUUAAUAUUGGUUGGAAAUGUGUAAAUGCAUUUUUAACCAAACAAUACUAAUGUUUAUUUUUUUAAUUAAAGUCUAACUGGUUUUGAUGAGAAUGAUUGGAAGUCUGUGAAGAUUUAUAUGGAUUAAAGUAUUUUAGAUUCUAAUUGCACAACAAAAAAUUCUUUAUAUUUAUGUAGAUAUAAUAAAAUUACAUCAAUGAAUGUAAUGAUAUUUGCAAAAUUUUUAUAGUUUUCCAAUUUAAUAUUAAUAAUGUAAAUAAGUGUUUAUUUUAAGAUUAAAGAAUGUAGAAUAAGAUAAUGAUUUAGAAAAUUAAUUAAUUUGGAUAGAGGAUCAAAAGAAUCUAUAAAUCACAAAAUUAUUAAUAUAUCAAUUAUCAGCUGCUUUUGGCACUAGUUUAAUUGCAAUUUUAAUAGUGAGAUACAUUUGUAGAUACAUGACAUAUUUAGAGAGAUUGGCUAAUUCACAUUUUUAAAAUAAACCUGUAGAUUUUUAGGUAUAUUCAUUUUUAAGAGAAAUAAAAUAACAUUAAAAAUCAAGCUCAAAAAAUAUAACAUUAAAUCUAUCAGAUUCUUAUUACAAAUUAAUAUCAUAAUUAACAGCAAGACCAUUUAUAAAGAAUGAAGAAUGUAAGAAUUUUGAAUCUUUUCAAUUUCCAAACUAUAAAAAAAAGUUUAAUCUAUCCAAAUGGAAGACUUCUAUUUUACAAUUAAAUAAUAAGAAUGAGAGAAUUAAAUCAAGUUACAAGGCUCUAAUAUUGAAUCUGUUAAGAUAAUCAUAUUAAUCUAGUUGA